AUGCAAGAUCGACGAAUGAAUUUAAACAAAAGAAUGAGUCGCAUUUUGUCGUUCAAUUUAGGAUCAUCACUUCAUAAUAUUACCACAAAAUGUCAGGAAAUUGGAAUAAUAGCCGUGGUGGUAGCGGUGGUUCCAAGUACGGUGGUGGUGGCGGCGGCGGAGGUGGUAGGUUUGGAAACAAUGGAGGCGGUGGCAGAUUCGGUGGUAACAACGGUGGAGGCUCCAGCCAUAUUAAAUAGAUCAGCUUAUGAAGUUGAAGAAUACAGAAAUGAACAUGAAAUCACAAUCAGUGGUGUAGGUGUACCUAACCCUAUUCAAAACUUUGAUGAAGCAAAUUUCCCAGACUAUGUGUUGCAGAGCAUUAAAAAAUCUGGCUACAAAGAUCCUACGCCAAUUCAAGCACAAGGCUGGCCUAUUGCCAUGUCUGGAAAGAACUUAGUAGGUAUCGCGCAAACAGGGUCGGGAAAGACACUGGCUUAUAUUCUACCAGCUAUUGUACACAUUAACAACCAACAACCCAUAAGACGUGGUGACGGCCCUAUCGCUCUUGUACUUGCACCUACUCGAGAAUUAGCCCAGCAGAUACAACAAGUGGCUACCGACUUUGGUAACGCAGCGUAUGUGCGUAACACGUGUAUUUUCGGAGGUGCGCCAAAGCGGGAACAAGCACGUGACUUGGAACGCGGUGUGGAAAUAGUUAUAGCGACACCUGGUCGUUUGAUUGAUUUCCUUGAUAAAGGAACUACUAAUCUACAGCGCUGCACAUACUUAGUGCUAGAUGAAGCUGACCGUAUGUUAGACAUGGGUUUUGAACCCCAGAUCAGAAAAAUCAUUGAACAGAUUCGUCCUGAUAGACAAACUUUGAUGUGGUCAGCCACAUGGCCGAAAGAGGUUAAGAAACUAGCUGAAGACUACUUAGGAGACUACAUGCAAAUUAACAUAGGAUCAAUGCAAUUGUCGGCUAAUCAUAACAUUCUACAAAUUGUAGAUGUAUGUCAGGAACAUGAAAAGGAAAACAAGUUAAACACCUUAUUACAAGAAAUUGGCGACAGUCAAGAUCCUGGUUCAAAGACAAUUAUUUUUGUUGAAACUAAGAGGAAAGUAGAAAAUAUCACACGAAACAUCAGGCGAUAUGGAUGGCCAGCUGUGUGUAUGCACGGAGACAAGACCCAACAGGAAAGAGAUGAUGUACUUAGACAAUUCAAACAAGGAAGGGCAAGCAUUCUUGUUGCAACAGAUGUUGCAGCUAGAGGACUUGAUGUGGAUGGUAUUAAAUAUGUAAUAAACUUUGACUAUCCCAAUUCAUCUGAGGAUUACAUCCACCGCAUUGGUAGAACCGGUCGUUCAAAAUCAAAAGGAACAUCUUACGCAUUUUUCACACCUUCAAACUCCAGACAAGCAAAAGAUUUAGUGUCAGUGCUACAGGAGGCUAAUCAGAUCAUCAGCCCCCAGCUACAGACAAUGGCUGACAGAUGCGGCGGCGGUGGUGGUGGUUGGAACAGAAAUAAGUUUGGAGGUGGACGAGGUGGUACUUUCAAGAGAGGAGGAAACUUUGGAAGAAGUAAUGGUGGUUCCAAUAGUUCUCAUAAGAGAUUUAGUGACUACUAG